AUGGAGACAGGGAACCUGGCGAAGAUCUCCCAGCAGUUGGCCGGAGUUCUUGCAUCGCCACGUGCUCUUUCUUUCUCUCCAAGUCCCACUGGGCCCGGGUAUACUUCUUUGCGCUAUAUUGACCCCUUCUUGCUACACCUCUACUUCCUCUUGACCACCGCGACGAUGAGCAGGCAGCGAGGUGACGAUCUCGAUGAUGACUUCGUCCCGGACGAUCUCGUCGCCAUGUCCGAGGACGAAGAUUUGACCCCGGACGGCGACGACAUCAGUGGCUUGCUGAGCGCAGAAGAGGAAGGCGAGGGCGCCGCGGCGCAAGAGGGUGCGGAUCAGGCCACAACUGCGAAGAAGCGGAAACGUAGGGAGAAGGAGAAGGAGCGCAAGAAACGCAAAUUGGCUGAGACGGUAGAGCCCAUUGAGCCCCCCUCAAUGGCGGCUCAGCCCCCCGUGUUAUUGGCAGACUACAUGUCGUCCAUGCAGGCGAAGACAUUCUCGAAGAUGUCCGGCGUCGAGCUCGCCGACAUCCAGAUACCUGAGAUCUCCAUCGCAGACACGACUCCAUGGACGGGGUCGCGCAAUCUCGACCAGCUGGUGGACUUUAUAGCCAAGAUGGUUCCCACACUGCGUACUCGUUUAUCGCAGAGGCCCAAGUUCAGCGGAUCACCGACGCUGAUCUUUGUAGCUGGGGCAGCCCUGCGGGUGGCAGACAUAGUCAGGGUCCUUAAGGACAAAAGACUGCGAGGAGAUAAGGGCGGUGAGAUCGCCAAGCUGUUCGCGAGACACAUCAAAGUAGAGGAUCAGGUCGCUUAUUUGAGACGCACCAAGGUGGCGGCCGCAGUGGGCACACCAGGACGACUCGGGAAGUUGUUGUGCGACACCGAUGCGCUGUCGACGUCAGCUUUGACACACAUUAUCCUCGACAUGUCCUACCGAGACGCGAAGAAGCGCUGCGUCCUAGACAUUCCCGAGACAAGAGAUGAGCAGGGGAAGAUACGGCUGGUCUUGCUGUGA